AUGAAUGCUGUCGCUGAUAUUAUGAAUGUUGUCACUGAUAUCACGAAUGUUGCCGCUGAUAUCAUGAAUGAAAACUAUGUGAAGGCACAUCUGAUUUUUAUAUUUGUUAUUGAGGCUGAGACCGCGCUGACACAGCACGGUCACGUGCCUACUGACACGUGGGCUCUCCUGACCUUCUCCUUUCCAUAUAUGUUUGAUGGUUACUUCAAGACCACCUACCAAGCAGAUUAUGGCAGAAAUCCUUAUGCAAUUCCAAAACUGAGUAAAGGGUGCCAAGGUCACUAUACAUCUGCCUACCCUGGUCAUAAACUAGUAGACGACUUUCAGAGCCGGUUGGAUAACUUCAGAACCACAUACAGGAAUUCCUAUUGUCGUCCACAGGAAGAUUUGAAGAAUCGUCAAUCUGCCCUGAACAUCACGUCCUCUGGGUGGCAACCCUUUGACCAGGAGAAUUACCAUAAAAUAUGUAUGAACAGGUGUAUUUGGCAGAAGCAAUAAACAUUUUAUCUUGGUUUUUUU